GCCGGUCGACCUCCUUCCGGAAGGGAAGUCCCGCCUUUGUUUUCUCCGUAAACUGCCCCCUUAGGAACCGUGGGCUUCCGGCUGUACUGCCCGCAGUGGCCACGCUGAGGAACUAGGAACGAGUGCCAGAAAAGCACUUUUGAGUUUGUUCCCUGAACUCAUACUGACACCUAAGGCCCAGCUGAUCUCUCUGCAUCUCCACGUUUAAGAUGGCAGGCCAAGUUAAGGUACAGUGGCAGCAGAAGCCUGCCCCUCUGAAAUGUCUAGAUCCCCCAAAGACCUAUGAAGAAUUCUUAAAGUCUCAAAACUGGGACUACUGGCCCAGGGAUAUUCACUUCAGAGACAAUGAUAUCUGGGAAGAUGCGCUGAGGAAGCUGGAAGAGGACAUCUCAUUUGACUCCAUCUACUCCUCCCUGUGGAGCAGUGUGCCCCGGACCUUUGAGGCCGUCAGCACCAUGGAGUUCAGACUAAGACAGUGCUCAUGGCUUUUGCAGCAGCAUUCCUCCAAUUUAUUCGAAUGCAGCGGAAUGAUUUCCAAGAAAAGUUCACAUAUAAAUCUGGAAAAAUACAAGGCCUUCUUAAAAGAACACUGUAGGCAGAGGAAGAUAAUGCUUUCUGAUGAAAUGGAGACAGAGAAGAAUAUAGAGGGUUGCAACUUCUCAGGAUUCAAAGAAAAUGAACUAACGCAAUUACCCAGACAUCUGGAUGCUAAACAAAUUUAUCUUUUUAUUUUAAGAAACAAUAACUUUGAGGAAAAGAUAUUUAAAGUCUGGAAAACCUAUUUUCUCUCAGACUGCUCCAUUGCUCUCUUGCAUGACUCUUUUUGGUGGUGGUUUCUCCAUAAAUUCAAGCCUGACAGAAGAGAUCAAGAUUCCUUGUUUGACAGAAUCUCAGAAAGUUAUGUAACACUUUUCAUGAGAAUACCUCAUAGGAAAAAGGAUGCAUUCUUUCAGGUGUAUCCCAAUUGUUUGGCACAGGCUAUCUAUGCAGCAUUCCAGGAAUCAUUUCCAGAAUCCAGUGAACUCUUCAAUAGUGAGUUUAAAGAACAGCUAGGAAACACGAUUUUUCUUUGGUUGUCAGGUAUAAAGCCUCAGACUGGCUUUUGGACCCGCUGGAGGCUAACAGAGCUCAGCACAACCACCAUUCAUGGCAGCAAGCGAGCACCCCUGAAAUCGGUGAAAAAGAGGAUCGUUUCCAGCCAGGAGCGCAUAGCAACCACUAUAGACUUCAACGUGGCAACUAUCUUAAAGAACCCAAGAGCACACACCACCUCCGUGCUCAAGGAGGAAUCAACAGCGUCGAAAGUAGCGGCAAAGUCCCACUACAGGAGCUUUGGUCCAGAGUUUCACCGCGUUCUCUUUAAUUUCGGAGGUCAGAGCCCGCUAAUUUUGUACUAUCUUAAGAUGCACGAGACAGGUGGUAUUUCUGUCACUCAUAACAAAAAGGGAAGUAAAUUCACCAAGAUACUCCGAGAGCCACCACCUGCUACGACAUACUAUGAGAUCAUCAAGGAGGCCAAGAGAAAAUUUGCAAAGAACCAAAAAGAUUUCAGGAGAGCCAAGCAAAGAAUAAGAGAAGAUAUCAAGGCCCUGAAAGAGCAACAGGAAAAAAUUGAGAAAGAGCUUGACCGGCUCCAGGCAAAGGCUUCCAAAAGCAUCCAAGAAGUCAAAACAGAUUUUGAGAAUUUCCUACAUAAAAUGCGUAUGGAAGCUAAAUUCAAGGAGGAAUUUGGAGGCUCGUCAACAUCACUGUCCUCGGGGUCACCACAGACGCCACAGUCACCACAGUCGUCAUCGUCAUCAUCCACCGCCACGUCAGAAGGCUUCAGCUACGUGGAAGAUGUAAGGGAAGCUAGCAGUGACCACCGUUCAAGAACAACACAUAGUUCAGCUGUACCAAUUUAAUUGUAGCGGUGUUCAAUUAAGAGUACAUUCUGCUCUUCAUCUUUAAAAUCUUCAAAUCAAUAA